AUGGAGGGACCAGAAACAGUGCUCUUCACCAUACUCAAGACUAUCGUGGUCUACUCGCUUGAACGACGAUUGAAUGACAAUGCCAUCUUUUUCGCUGAACGAUUACGAGGCUUCUAUCCAACUGAAGAAGAGGCCGUCUUCCUAGUCGCCAAAUCAUACUAUGCCGCUGGCAAACCAUCGGUCGCUGCCCAUGUUUUACGACAACAGGUCGAAAAUCACGUCUCAUCUGCCUACUUGUUUGCCAGAGCUUGCUUUGAUUUGGAGAGAUAUCAUGAGGGUCAAGAGGCUCUGGAACGGGUUCUUGUCGAUAAUAAAACUGCACAAGUCAGUCAUGAAUAUAGUUCAGCGAAUCCAGAUCAAGCCUCUAUACAUUGUGUCAUGGGUGAAUUGUGCAGAAACGGCAACAAGAAGGACGAAGCCAGGCAUCACUACCUGCAAGCGUUCGAAGCCAAUCCAUUCUUAUGGACGAGCUUUGAACAGCUGUGUAAACUGAAUUAUCGAUUCGGACUGGAAGAUGUGGAAAAUACUACACAACUCGCAGACCUGUCACGCUUCUUCAACGAAGAGAAGUUGUUGGCGUGUUAUACUGAGAUGACUCGAGGCAGUAAAGUCACAAAUCCGAUCAUAAAAGAAAAGGCAUUGAGUGAUCAUCCACCACGAGUUGGAUUGACACCAUCCAAUCCUCCAAAUGGAUUGUCUGUAUCGAAUGUUACUACAAUAUCAUUGAGCGAUCGUCCGAGACGGACAGCAUCUACAUCAACAUCGCUUUCUCAAACAAGAAGUCGGACCACUGCCAAACCCAAGACUAAUGGUACGAUUCAAAGAGGUGGCGGUAGCAGCAGUGGCAGUGGCAAAUCCAAAGAAACCAAAGAUCCUGCGCUAGGAGUGAAGAAACCCAAAGGAGUAGACAUUCGUAAACACUCUCGUCCUCAACCAAGUACACUACGCUCAAGAUCCGUAUCAGAAGACUUGGUGGAAGAUAAAGUCAAUGUCGAUGAAAAAGAAAAGGAACCAGCUUCAAUUGCUCCCCAACUACUAUCCGCCAAUGAAAUGGACACUGAUAAACCAGAAGAAAAAUUAAAUGUUGCGAUUCGAGAAAUAUUGGCCGUGGUGACUAGUAUGGCUCAAGCAUUCCUCAAACUGUCGCAAAACUAUUGCGUGGAAGCAAUUGACUUGUUGGAAAACUUACCCAUGAGCCAACAAGAAUCUGGUUGGGUAUUGAGUCAUAUAGGACAAGCUAGAUAUCAACUGGGAGAGUUUGUUGCUGCAGACCAAGUGUUUUCAGAGCUCAGGAAACGAGAACCAUACAGAAUGGCCAAGAUGGACUUGUACUCGACAGUCUUAUGGCAAAUGAAACAAGACGUAAAGUUGAGCUACCUUGCCCAUCAGCUUGUAGAGUUUGAUCGCUGGUCACCUGAAGCAUGGUGUGCUGUUGGGAACUGUUUCAGCAUCAAAUUUGAUCACAUGGCUGCUUUGAAAUGCUUCCAACGAGCUAUACAGCUCAAUCCAGCUCAUGUGUAUGCCCACUAUUUGUGUGGAAUGGAAUGGAUGGCAUUGGAUGAUAGUGAAAAGGCACAAGCUUGUUACCGAAACGCCAUCAAGGUGGACGACAGGCAUUACAACGCAUGGUUUGGAUUGGGCAUGAUUUACUAUCGUCAAGAAUCUUACGAUCAUGCUGAAUUUCACUUCCGAAGAGCAGCAACUAUCAAUCCAUCAAAUCCGUCGUUACAAGCGUACAUUGCCCUGGUCAUGCAAAAGACCAAAAGAUAUGAUCAAGCGCUUGCUUACUUUGAAAAAGCAGAUCGUCUCGCCCGUCAGCCCAAUGAAGCAUUGGACGAAUUACACAAACUCGAACUUGAAGCUCAAGGAGAGUGCAACGUGUAUUUUUUGAUGGGCAAAGUAUACAAGCGGUUGGGACAAAACCAACGAGCCAUACACUAUCUCACGAUGGCCCAAGACCAUCAGGCCCAUGGAAGCACAAACAUCAUCAAAGACGCAAUAGACAAAGUGUCUGAUGGCAUCGAGGAAGACGACACGUUGUCAUUUGAUGAGCUAUUUAAGAAAUUUGAAUAA